GUCGGCGGCUCACGCGGCUCAGCUGAUUGGCCAGUAAAUCCGUGGCCUGAGAGCGACGCACAGGGAUCGGGCUGAUAUCUCGGAACCCGUCGACGGAGCCAAUGUGGCGACAAACGCUGAUUCAAAUACGGGUGAGCCAAUGUGUUAGGACCACUCCUCGCCAGGUGUACAUAGCCAAUGUUCACGCAUGACAUCAUGGGAAGUUCUCCCGAGGUGCUCUCAUGGACUUCCUGCCCCAGUAUGCUGGUGGGCAAGCUGAAGGAGGAGCUCAAACUCAGCGUAGUUGGGGACUCCGUGAAGAAAUCGAACCCGCCAAACUCUCAACCGCAGCCUCCACCGGCCCCUCCUUCGAUGUUACCCCCGCAGAUAAUUACGGACCUGGCCCCGCCCGCACACCUGCCCGUGGCCCUGCAGCUGCUUCCGCCGCCCAGCCAGGACGAAGAGACGGUCCUGGGGGGUUUGAGUCCCCCGAACACGGCCUUAAGCGUAGACUCCACGCGGAGUGAGGGCGGUCACUUUGACAACAGCGUCCUUCAGCUGCAGGAGCACGACCACGAGGAACCGGUCUCACCGGCCUCCUGCGAACACGGCGGCUGCAGGAGCGGAAUGGAGGAGCAACCGGGAGACGGGGAAUGUCAUGUGGACCACGGCGGAGACGGGAGGCAAGGUCACCUCCAUCACCCCGACGACAUCAAGUUGCACUUUCACAGAACGGGGCCCGGGUCGGGCGGCUUCCUGGAGGGUCUCUUCGGCUGUCUCCGACCGGUCUGGAACAUCAUCGGAAAGACGUACUCCACAGAAUACAAGCUACAGCAACAAGAUAUGUGGGAGGUUCCGUUUGAGGAAAUCUCCGAGUUGCAGUGGCUGGGUAGCGGCGCUCAGGGAGCCGUUUUCCUGGGCAAAUUCCGCUCGGAGGAGGUGGCCAUCAAGAAGGUGCGCGAGCAGAAGGAGACUGACAUCAAGCACCUGCGAAAACUCAAGCAUCCCAACAUCAUCAGCUUCAAGGGUGUGUGCACUCAGGCGCCGUGUUACUGCAUCAUCAUGGAGUACUGUGCUCAAGGCCAGCUCUACGAGGUGUUGAGGGCGGGACGGAAAGUGACCCCGAGACUGCUGGUGGACUGGGCCUCGGGCAUCGCCAGUGGCAUGAACUACCUGCACCUUCACAAGAUCAUCCACAGGGAUCUCAAAUCUCCCAAUGUUUUGGUCACUCACAACGACUCUGUGAAGAUAUCCGACUUUGGAACGUCGAAAGAGCUCAGUGACAAAAGUACAAAGAUGUCUUUCGCUGGGACGGUGGCCUGGAUGGCGCCAGAAGUGAUUCGAAAUGAGCCUGUGUCAGAAAAAGUGGACAUUUGGUCAUUUGGAGUCGUCUUAUGGGAACUGCUGACUGGUGAGAUUCCCUACAAAGAUGUGGACUCUUCCGCUAUUAUCUGGGGCGUCGGCAGCAACAGUCUUCACCUCCCUGUGCCCUCCACCUGCCCGGAUGGCUUCAAAAUUCUGAUGAAACAAACAUGGCAAGGGAAGCCCAGAAACAGACCGUCGUUCCGUCAGAUCCUCCUCCACCUCGACAUUGCCUCGGCUGAUGUUCUGGGAGCCCCUCAGGAAACUUACUUCAAUGCUCAGGCUGAAUGGAGGGAGGAAGUGAAGAAACAUUUCGAGAAGAUCAAAAGCGAAGGCACGUGCAUUCACAGGCUGGACGAAGAGCUGAUCAGACGCAGACGGGACGAACUCAGGCACGCGUUGGACAUCCGGGAACACUACGAGAGGAAGCUGGAGAGAGCCAACAACCUCUACAUGGAGCUCAGUGCCAUCAUGCUGCAGCUGGAGGUCCGAGAGAAAGACCUCAUGAAGAGAGAGCAAGCUGUGGAGAAGAAGUACCCCGGCACCUACAAGCGCCACCUGGUCAGACCCAUUGUCCGCUCCAACGCUGUGGAAAAGCUGAUAAAGAAGAAAGGAAGCAUUUCUCACAAACCGGGGAUGCCCACCGCCAAAAGGCCAGACUUGCUGCGUUCCGACGGUAUCGCCAGCGUGGACCCCCUGCCGUCGCCGUCGCCGCUGUCCGCCAGCCCAAAGGUGUCCACGCCUCCUGGAAAAGCCCGCUACCGGAGCAAGCCCCGCCACCGCCGCGCCAACAGUAAAGGAAGCCAUAGCGAGUUCCUCGGGGUGCUGAAAUCUACCGCAGGAGCGCCGGAAGACCCCCAGUCACUACAGGACCAACCCCCCCGCCGCCAUCUUCACCACCUCCCCCUGCCAACCUGCGGACCCCCGCUCCCGCUGAAGGGCCGCGAAGAGGCCGUUGUAAACUGUGCCAAUAACCUGCGUUAUUUUGGCCCCGCCGCCGCCCUUCGCAGCCCUCAGACCGAUCACCUGCAGAGGCGGGUUUCUGGUUCCAGCCCCGACCUCAUCUCCGCGGCGAUGGAAGCAGACACGCGUCAGCGGGCUUCUUCCACCGGCUCCAAUCCCCUCCCGGGUGCCGGUCCAGGCUGUCCCUGCUGCCAGGCUCAGCCUCUCCCUGGAUGUCUUCACUGUCAGGAGACCAUUCCUGCGUCCAGUCAGCCGGAGUUGCCCGGCUUUUCACUGCUCAGUACUCAAGAGGGCAGCCGGUCGCCUUCGAGGCCUCCCAACAAAGAUCCCGCUACUAACGGGGAGGUCUUGAAGAAGCCCGAGCCUCAGGAACAAGAGGCCUUUCAGAACAAACACACUCUUCCGAAUGCACUUUCCCGUACCCUCAGACCUCUGAGGAAGGGUGGCGAUGAGUCAUCUGAAGAAGAAGAAGGAGAGGUGGAUAGUGAAGUGGAGUUUCCAAGGAGACAGAGGCCUCAUUGUUGUAUGAGCAGCUUCCAGUCGUACUCCACGUUCAGCUCUGAGAACUUGUCCGUGUCCGACGGCGAGGAGGGAAACACCAGCGACCACUCCCACAGCGGGCCGCUGGAGAGGCUGAGCGCCAGCCAGGAGGAGCACCUGGACGAGCUGCUGUCGCACACACCGGACAUCCCGAUUGACAUCACCACCCAGUCCGACGGCUUGUCUGACAAGGAGUGUGCCGUCCGCAGGGUCAAGACCCAGAUCUCCUUGGGAAAACUAUGCUCGGAUGAACACAGCUACGAGAAUCCUCUCCAGUUUGGGGACUCAGACUGUGACUCAUCCGAAGCCGAGUGCUCAGAUGCCACCAUCCGAAACAACAAAGGAGCCCCUUCCUCGUGGUGAACGCUCACCCGGCCACUCGUCUUGUUUUAUUUUGUUUUCUUUUUUUGUUUGUUUUUGCCUGGAACCAAUGGCGUCCCGCAGCGUCCUGCAGAGAAUACAGCAAUAAGAGGACAAUGAUGUCAACAAAAAAAAUAAUAUUAAUAAUAAUUUAUAGCAAACUCUCUCAGAAGCCGCCCUCCUCCUUUUACCAAAUCUUCAUUCCUUCAUGUUCCGCAUCCGGGCAACCCAUGGCAGGAAUUCCUUUUUCGGAUGAACAUGUACAUUAGAUUCAUAGUUUAUUUUUUAAUUCAGAAGGACAAUUCAGGACAUCGGAGUGGAGAAAAAGACUCCCGUUAAAACCAUAUUUUGCGAUUUAUGCACAUGCUAACCGUUAGCGGCGGCGAGAGAGAAGAAGACGGGGAUGCUCAUACCGAGGCGGACACAUGGAAAAAUGGAAAAAAUAUGUUAUGCUGACAGCGAGCAGUGGGGAAUUACAUCAUCAUUAAUCUCUCAGGUGACCCAGAUGUGAAGCUCCACAACUUCAUCUGGCUGCAGUCACUGUCUUCAUUUUUUUUUUUUUUGGGGGGGGGGGGGGGGGGUCAGCAUGUACCAGUGCAGUGUUUCCCAACCUUUAUGAAGCCAAGGGACGUAUUAUACAUUUUAAAAAAUCUCACCACUUCUCAUGGGGUUAUUUUACAGCAAGACAACGAGGCACUCUAAACCCUAACCCUUUCCUGUGCGUGCACUCAGCUGACAACGAGGCACUCUAAAGCAGCCACGCCACCGGACUAUCCAAAGGGCAGAUACAUUUUCAGAGUAUAGGCAUAGUCAGUUAGCUAACAGCGUGUCAGAGUUAUUUUUAUUCUUUUAUGUUUUUGUUUAGCGAGGGAAGGCAUUUGAGAAAAGAUUCUCGUCUGUACUGUCAACUUGGAGGCAAUUCACAUUUCUCUGUCUUGCCCAAGGACACUUAAACAGUGAACCGUCCACUCUACAAUUUAAUACAUCGCCACAGAUGUGACAGAAAGGCGUUCCAGUUCUUAUAUCGUGUAAUGCGCCCCAAAAACCAGGAAAACUGAAAUUGUGAGGAAAAUAUUGCUCAAUCUCCGCAACUGAGUGAUACUUAGUUCCAUCUUUGCACGUUUUUAGCAUUUAUCUUCGAUUAUGUAUCAUGUAGAAAUUAGUAUCUUUCACUAUUCAGAGUCUUAAUGAUGAUAAUGUCUCAUGGCACGGUGGUUGGGAAUCACUGCUCUAGUGCAGGGAUGGGGAACUUUUUUUAUUAUCAGGCGCAGAAGACCAUGUGAAAUUUAUGACAGCAAAGACAUGACGGCAAUGAGUCAUCAAAAUGUUAACGCGAUAUCCAGAAAAAAUUGGGGGCUUCCUCUGAGGUUUUAUCAGUUCAGAAAAACUGCAAUCUCUGGUCAUAUAUGGUUUCCCCCGCUCCCGCCAAAGCACCAACAGGCUUUGCUAUAAGUUCACAGGAACCUCCCGUCCCACCCUCCUCGCCUCCAGUACCGGCGGUUGUCCCAUUAUAAAGCUAACGUUACAAACACCAGCAUGACCAACCUGCCUCGU